GUCACCAGGUAAUGUGAGUUACCAGACCCUGGUGAAUAGAAGUGGGAUCCACCCAACUGUGGCUUUGCAACUGAUCUGUUGCCUUGGGACAGAUUCAGUAGACAAUGGGAAGCAAAGGAGGGUUCACCCUGCUCGGGCUCUUGAUCGUCCUUUCUGUCCUCUGUGAUUCAGGUCAUAGCCUGCGGUGCUACUCCUGUCUCAACCCAGGGGGUGCGUGCGAUCUCAUCUCCAACUGUUCCGUUAAUUUUGAUGCAUGUCUCUACGUCAAAGCCGAGACACGGACAUACUACCAGUGUUGGAAGUUUGAUAACUGCAACUACAACUACCUCUCAAAAAACUUAGGAGAGAAGACUCUACAGUACGAAUGCUGCCAGAAGGACCUGUGUAACAAAAGCGGUGGGACGAGCCUAACAGGGACCAUCGCUCUGCUGGUGACUCCGCUGCUCAUAGCGUUCUGGAAACUUCUCUAAAUCAAUAACAGGAGCGGUUCUCCUCACUCCCUGCUUCUGUGUAUUCCUUAUUUCCUGUGCUGCCACAAAAGCUUUCUAUUUCCUUACUGGAUCCUGUUGGGAAAGACCAAAACUAGCGUGAGCAACUUGGAUAAGGGAGAGAGAGAGAGAGCUGGAAAACCAGUCCUGUUUGCAGAGAAGGCUCCUCUGAGGGAGGAAGUGUAGGAGUGAAGCCUGUGCCACGUUAGCUGGGUUAGUGGCGUGCUGCUUCCUCUGCUCGUUGCAGUAAUAGCUUGAGUAGAUUCUCUGCCAUCGGCACUUGUUUCCCCGCGUGUUCCUUGGAUGUAGUUACCAGUAUGAUCAGUGCUUUUGUCGGGGGCGGGGGGGGGGGGGGCGUUGGAGCAGAGGGGCUCUUUUCACCAAUCUCUUUCACGGGAUGCUGUCAUCCCCUCCUUUUAUGGCCCCUGUGUUGCCAUGUAGGCAUGAUGAAUGUUCCAGAUGUGGGCUGUCAGGGGCAACGAGAUUCUAAAUGCAGAGUGAUUGGAAUGACUGCUGUAUUCUCCACUGGAAGGUGUCUGGCAGAGUAGGAGAUAGGCUUUCCAAGGUGGCAGGGCAUAGAGGCACCAGGUCUGCCUUUAGAGAGGUACCAGUGGCUGAAAUCUGAAUUUUCUUCUUUACCUAAAUUUUGUAUGGGCUUUGCUGUCUUUCCCUAAAAACAACUUAAGCACUCAAUUAAUGGUGUGUUAAAACUAUUCCCCUCCCCUUUUCAUUGGAAUGAUGGCAUAUUUUCGCUUUGUCACAACAGUUCAAGACUAAAUAUUUGGACAUGCUUUGCUACAAGUGAUUUACAGUAUCGUGUGCUUAUUUUGAGUAUUAUCAGUGGGAAUACCCGCAUGUGUAUGUAGAUUAUAAGAAUGCAAUGGGAAGAUGUCAUCACGAGCAGCAACAGGCCCGCACGGAUGUUCUGCCUGCUGACGUCAAGCCUGUUGACUCCUAGCUGCCUCGGCACAGAUCACGUGAUGCUCAUUUGUAAGGGCCGUCAGCAUCCUCACAAAUGCCAAGACUUUGAGAAGCUCUACCAGUUUCCUAAAGAGAGAGAGAGACCCCUUUUCAGGAGGGCAAAGUCUUCCUUUUUUUGUGUGUGUGGAUGCUGGUGAAUAAUUCUCAAGAUCUGGUAGACUUAGUAACAUUUAUAUUCUUAUAACCUUGUCUGCUUUUAACAGCAUGGCCUGACUUGCCGAUGCAAGUGAGAUUUCUUGAUUAACAUUUAAAAGAACAAAAGGCCUUGAUUAUGUAAUCUGCGAGAUAAAGCGGAACGAAUGAUGCCUUUUUGAAAAUAAAAUGUAAUCACAUGCAUGCGUGUGGUCAUUGGGCCCGGAAGGAUGGCAGCAUACGCAGCAUGCCCAAUGCCAGGAGAGAGCGUGGGCCGUGCCAGUUGUCUCCUGUUGAUGCCAUAGACAAAUAAAGACUUCCUCAUCCAGA